CCUGUCGUGAAAAUUUGGGAAAACUUGCGCCAUCGCACAAUGGCGUUGACACAACAGAGCGCAGCGGACCUUCCGCUUCGCCAGAUCAAGCCGAAGAAUGCUCGAACAAAACGAUUUCUUGACAACAAAGCGCCACAACAUGUCGAGAAUCCUCGAGUCACGCUUUUCCUUCGCUACACAACCUGCACUGAGGUCCUGCAGCUCGUGCUCAAAGAUCUGCACUCGCUGAAACGACCGCUCUGCGUCAGAUUUGACAAGAAGAACGACAUUCACCCAUUCGAAGACCCUUCCAGUCUGGAGUUUUUUGCCGACAAGAACGAUGCAAGUCUCGCAGUCUACGGCAGCCACAGCAAGAAGCGACCGAAUUGCUUGACUCUCAUUCGGUUCUUCGAUCACAAAGUGCUGGAUAUGCUCGAACUACUAGUUGAUGUUGAGACGCUUCGUACCUUGACACAGUUCCGGAACACCAAAACCGCGGUUGGUCUCAAGCCAAUGCUGGCCUUCUCUGGCUCCGCAUGGGACAGCCCCACGGCAAAUGCCUAUACAUUGGCGAAAUCCAUAUUCACCGACCUGUUCAAGGGACCUGAUGCCACCAACAUCGAUGUACAGGGUCUGCAAUACAUUAUCCAUCUCUCGGUGGACGAGGAAGAGGAGGAAGGCGUGAAGCCGAUGAUCCACCUGCGAUGCUAUUUGAUCAAGACUAAGAAGAGCACAUCGGACUUGCCCGCUGUGGAUGUCGAAGAGAUGGGACCAAGGAUAGAUUUCCGCGUUGGUCGGAUAAAAGAGGCUGAUCCUGACAUGUGGAAGGAGGCCAUGAAGAAACCAAGGAGCUCUGAGCCCAAAACGAAGAAGAAUAUUGAGGUGGAUCCAGUCGGCGACAAGCUGGGCCGUAUUCACGUUGGCAAGCAAGAUCUCACCACGCUGCAAACGCGCAAGAUGAAAGGAUUAAAACGAAACCGCGACGUCGCUGACGGCGAUGCUAACGCAAUGGAUGUGGACGUCAAAGAGGACACCACGCUUGACACGCCGAAACGUUCGAAGGUGGCUGUAUGAUUUGCCAAAGCUGUUUUGGAACCGUUUUCCCUGUUUGUUGCGUUCAAGCGAGGCGUCCCGUGGGUUGUUAGAGAAUGCUGUAGCGCACCUGUCGUAUUCUGACCAUAUCUGAGUUGACGUGAGCACUACGUGCAAUCGAGAAAUUGGUGAUUCAUUGUUCAUAAUUUAAGUAGUGUUGCGACACAAAGCAUGCCAGUCGCCAA